ACCUAUCAUCGACAUCGCCAAUCGACUCAACACGUGCGCCGCGGCUAGCGGUUAAUAAAUGUUAUAAAUUCCAGGAUGCACAACGGCAACUGGAACAACUCCCAAAACAAUCAUCAUAGGAGCUGCGGAGGGCGCGGAGGUGGAAACCAGAGCCAGAAUUCCCAAUCUAAUGGCAGUUGGCCUGACAGAGAACCUGCAGGCCACAAUGGAAACGCCUUUAACAAGUUCAGGGAUCCUCAGCAGCAACCGAAUAAUCAGCAGCAGACAAACAAAAGAGGUGGCAGGAGGAGUAGAGGAGGUGGUGGAGGAAGAGGAGGUGGUGGAGGAAGAGCAGGUGGUGGAGGAAGAGGAGGAGGAGGCAGAAGAGGCCAACGCGGCAGGGAUUCCAAUAAUGGUGGCCGCAACAACUCCUGGCACGGCAAGGACUCACAUGUCAGCCCGGGCCAGAGUCACAUGCUGUACUACGACAACUUGGGCGAUUUCACCGAGGAUCCAUCUUUAACUGCUUCCUUACCUGCUGCCUCGUCUCUGAGGCAAGAGAGCCUACCACCUAACCCCAUUAGUGCCGCCUUGGAGCUACCACCUGCACCUGAGGUGUCUGUUCCGCCAGAAGAACCUACUGUCCCACUGAUCAAAAUCAAGCCAGAACCGAAACCAGUUGUGAAACUGGAACCCAAGUCUCCAAAAGAAAAGAAAGAGAGACCUUCGUCCAGCAGCUCGGAUGAGGAAUCCGAGCCCGAACCAGGCGAAGUGGUCAGAAGCACUAAGCCCGCAGUUGUGACUUCCUCGCCAAAAACAAAGUCCAGGAAGAUAGCUGUGAUAUCCACGCCAAAACCGAAGGCGGUGAAACCAGUCUCCUCUACCGACUCUUCGGACUCGGACUCGGACUCCGAUGACGAACACAGUCGGCCUCCGGUAGAAAGUAAACAAGCGGCCAACGAAGACGAGAUCGAGGAGGAUGUGGUCUGCAUGGGCUCUCAGGAUCGCCAGUUUACAAUCACAGAUGAAGAGGAGAGCAGCGAGCCAGAAGAUAAAGACGACAAGAUGGUGGGAAAACGAAAAAAGAAGAGUAAAUCCGUCGAUGUGUGUGGCAUCUGCGAUAAGAAAGCCCAUACCUCGUUCCAGUGUCAGAUGAUCUGCCGGAAUUGCUCUGGUCGGUAUCACGGCCUCAGGAAGUGCCCGAAUCCGCCCAACCUGAACAUUGCAAUGCAGUCAUUUAUGGAGUUCGCUAUGCAGCAGAUGACUGCCUUCCAUGGCGAUCAACGAUUCGCCUUUCCCGCUGGCACCGUCGCAGCUCCAGUUUCAGUGCAAGUUGGACUUACUUCGGCCAAGUCCAAUAAGGACAAAAAAGUGGCUAUCAAGAAAGCCAAGAAGACGCCACAAAAGAGGAUGAAAGUGGAGCCCAAGGAUGAAGAAGAGGAGGAUGAUGAGGAAGACGCGGAUAGUGCCACCGACGCCAGCAGCGAGAGCGAGGAGUCCGAGUCCAGCGAUGAGCCGGAACCAGUACCUGUGUCCAAGCAGAAACGGAAACGCGGUACGAAGGUCUCCGCCUCUGCCGCAGCCAGCCUGCCUCCUCAAGUGUUUCCAUUUCCCCUUCUGGGGGCUCCCGGUGCCCCUUUCAACUCCAUGAUGUAUCCCUAUGGGGCGCCGUUCAGUUUUUCUAAAUAGUUAUCACAUAAGUUAGUUACUGAGGAUAGUACAAGCAUUAUGUUGCCGCGUUAUAUGCGCCAACAAAAUGUUAAAUUGUAUAUCACAUAAAAAGCAUUUAAAAUCAAAAAAUAUAGAGGGAUCGGUUUUUCGGGGAAACUCUUUAGUCGAGUUGCUUGUCUAACCUAACCUCUAAUAAUUAAAAAUAAAUGCUAAUGAUCCAAAACAAGAAUAAAUAUAUUUUAAAUAUACAUAUAUACUUCCUUCUACCUGUUACAUACUUUUCAACGAAACUUCGAGUAACGGGUUUAAAAAUACUUAAGGCUUCAAAUAAAAACCUUGUCGAAUCAAAAAAAUA